GGUUGCUGUUACUUGCAUCUGCAUAUUUGUGAUUCUUCCAUUGACCCUAGUAGGUACUGUUUUGGGGCGAAAUCUUGCUGGUCAACCGGAUUAUCCUUGCCGCAUCAAUGCAGUGCCAAGACCAAUCCCAGAAAAAAAGUGGUAAGCCUGAGUAGAUGAGUAAUGCAAUUUCUGCACCAAAAAUUGAGAAAUAAUAAUCAGGGUUACUUGAACACAUUCCUGACGGCAGUGCUACUUCCGUACUUAAUUGAAAACUUCUGCUUGAAAGUUAAAUCAACGGUGGUCUUUUUUCUAGACAAUCUCAAUGGGAUAUCCUUCUUUUAUAGAGUAUGCACAGAAACAAAGAAUUUUUGUCACUUCAAAAUCUCUGACACUGUGGGCCAGAUAAACCCAAGUUGUGGGCCGUUUGCCAACCCCUGACCCUGGCAACAGUUUUAUCCCAGAAACCCUAUUACGGGACGACCGACAGCCUUGUUGUUCUAAGGGGUGUGAACAAAGGUCAUUUAUGUGCUAUCUCAGGCAUAGAGAGUUCUGACAACUUUGCUGACUGGCUGGAUGUUCUUCUGAUUUGUUUGCCCCUAUUUAGGUGGGGGUCUUCCAAGAGGACAGGUGUUCCUCGCCAGCCUCUAUUUGGCCUGCUAAUAGGUGGGUGGGCCGGGGAGGCCACACAAAUAAGGUCAUACUUUCCUAAAGUAUAUAGAUUAAUAUUCAUUGAUUCACUGUGGUGAAAUCUAUCUUGGAUUUUUUCAUCAAAUAUAUCCACUUGGGAAGAAAUGGGAAUUCUGCUAAUUAUAUGAGUGGGCCUGAGAAAUGAUAAAAUAAUAUAAAAAUCAAUAAAAUGUUAAUGUUUAAUAUUAUUAUUAUUAGUGGUGGUUUUUAUAUAGCGCCGUACCCCAGCCUAGGGCUCACCACGCUGUACAUACAAUUUAACAAACAUAAUCAUGAAUUUAAAAAUUAACAUGAGUUUUUCUUUUUCUGAUGUGUAUAAAAAAUUCUUGCCUUGCUGUAAAUUUAUGCUUAAGUUUGUUUGUUUCUCCUUCACUAUUAAAAGUAUGUUUAAUUUGUUAUUCUAAAACUGUGCUUGUCUGUUAUGCUCAGAUCAUAUAACUAUAUUUUUGUAUUACAUUUGUUCAAUAGGUUUAUGGAACCAGCUGUUAUUACAGUUUUGGGAGGAGUGUUGCCUUUUGGUUCAAUCUUCAUAGAGAUGUAUUUCAUUUUCACUUCAUUUUGGGCCUACAAAAUCUAUUAUGUUUAUGGCUUCAUGCUGCUGGUCUUUCUGAUUCUUACUGUUGUCACAGUCUGUGUCACAAUAGUGUGUACUUACUUUUUGCUGAAUGCUGAAGAUUACCGUUGGUAAGUGUUCUGAAAAAAACAUUUCUUAUAAAUAUUACACAAAACAAUUUGGUGUCUAUAAUUUUAAUUACAAUAUAUUAUAUUAAUGUGAAUUUUUUUGUUGUUGUUUAAAUAUUUUAAGGAAAUAACUUAACAAAGAACCAUGUGCAAAAUUGGGUCACAUUUUUUGUCCUCAUUUUUCAACUAUUUUUCCUACAUUAAAUAAUUAAAUGGUAAUGGUAGAUAGCAGAGGCCUUAUUUUAAGAAAUGUUUGAUGAGGUUACUGUAAACACAAGCAGGUAUUUGUAUUAUACUUAAUACUAUAUGUCCACUAAGGUUACUGUUUAUACUAGCAAGUAUUGGUAUUAUAAUUAAUACUAUAUGUUUACUAAGGUUACUGUAUAUACUAGCAAGUAUUUGUAUUAUACUUAAUACUAUAUGUUCACUAAGGUUACUGUAUAUACAAGCAAGUAUUUGUGUUAUACUCAAUACUAUAUGUUCACUAAGGUUACUGUAUAUACAAGCAAUUAUUUGUAUUAUACUUAAACCUUACGGUACUGACCUACUUUUUGCUUUUACUGUCUCAGUACCGGCCAUUAAUUGGCUAAUUAUUCCCUGUGGCCCAGACAUUAUUUUGGAAUGAUUCAAAAUUUGAUAGGACUGUUAAUUUAUUUUGUAACUUUUUUGUUUUGAACAAUUGAUAAUAACAUGUAGAGAAAUAUCUAUUCAGAAAUGGAUAAGGGUGUUGGAAAAAAAAUUUCUAAUCCCAAUUAAAGCUCAAUAAUAUUUUCAGAACAAAGGGUUUCAUCAAGUGGGCGUAAGUUACCAUCAACAAUAGCGAUUAGGUAGUGCCAUGGAAACAAAAAAUACAGAUCCACAUAAAAAACUCAGUAAUUGGUCGAUUUUCAUAAUUUAAAAAGCAAAUUAAAAUUCUACUAUUCCCCUAACGAAUAAACAUUCUGCCCGAGACUGGGGGGAAAGGUUAUAUCCUCAUUUCUGUGUUUAUAUUAGAUACCCCUCUAUGUGGCAAAUAGACGCGCUUGGGCCACAGGGAAAAUGAUCGGCUGGUGAAAUAAGACGCGCUUGGGUCACAGGGAAAAAUUAGGUCACUGCAAAAAGACGCGCUGGGUGCUGUAAGGGUUAAUACUAUAUGUUUACUAAGGUUACUGUAUAUAAAAGCAAGUAUUUGUAUUAUACUUAAUACUAUAAGUUUAUUAGUUUAUUAUUCACUAAUUUUUUUUUUACUUACACUAUAAUUAUUUUUAAGUAAGGAUUUAAAAUUUUAAAAAAUUAUUUUGUACUGCAUGGCUUCUACAGUAGGGUGACCAAAUGUCCCGUAAAAACGGGAUGUCCCAUUUUUUCACAAUCAUACCCAUGGUCCCGAAAAAGUCUCUCGAGACGCCUCAAUGUCGCGUUUCUAAAACCAAACACAUUUUCAAAUCACUAAAACUUCCCUAAUUUAUAAUAUAACUUCCAGUAAUAUUUUGGCUGGCUGUGUAGCCAGUGCCAGUUGUGGUGUGGCUUGCAUGAUGGCUGUACUGUUCCCGCUCCAGCAGUGUCCCUGCCAGAGAUCUUAUGUAAAUGUAUAGCGAAAUACACGAAACUUGAAGCCGGUGGGGGGUGAUGUUACUGCACAGAAACCAAUUUUGAUACCGCUACGUGUAAUGUGCUAGUCUUAUCUGUGAUCCCUGGGGGUGUGUUUGUGUCAGAUUGACAGGUGUUUGUUUUGGGUGUUGAACUUUAUUCUUUGAUUUUAUAUUAUCUUCUCAUGUAGACAAUAAUUAUGCUCAAGCAGAAAUGCAAGUUUAUGGAGGAGUAUUCCAAAGAGUGGAACUAUAUUAAAAAGGGACGCUAUGAAAGUGAAGCCGCGUGCACACACACAAUUUGCAAUAGUGUUUUUAGUAUUGGUCAUGGUGGAUGUUCAGACAUAAAACAACCAAUCACAUCAGUGAAACAUAUGGCAUAGGAAAAGACUGAGUGCCCGAGGUAGAUUUCUAGGUUAGAUUUCAUAGUUAAAAUGAGCAGAUUUCAAUGAACAGUUUCCGGCGGAGGCCCCCGGACCCCUCUAAGCUGUAGGGUAUCCUAACCCUAACCCCCCCCAACCACCCAUGAGAGUGUCCAGUUUUUUCCAGGUCAUGAUUUUGUCAACCUAUUCUAAAGGCAUAUUUUUGUCAUGGGGUUGGAGUAUUAGCUGAUUACUUAAAUGGGCAUUAGCUGAUUACUUAAAUGGGUAUUAGCUGAUUACUUAAAUGGGCAUUAGCUGAUUACUUAAUGGGUAUUAGCUGAUUACUUAAAUGGGUAUUAGCUGAUUACUUAAAUGGGUAUUAGCUGAUUACUUAAAUGGGUAUUAGCUGAUUACUUAAAUGGGCAUUAGCUGAUUACUUAAAUGGGCAUUAGCUGAUUACUUAAAUGGGCAUUAGCUGAUUACUUAAAUGGGUAUUAGCUGAUUACUUAAAUGGGUAUUAGCUGAUUACUUAAAUGGGCAUUAGCUGAUUACUUAAAUGGGUAUUAGCUGAUUACUUAAAUGGGUAUUAGCUGAUUACUUAAAUGGGUAUUAGCUGAUUACUUAAAUGGGUAUUAGCUGAUUACUUAAAUGGGUAUUAGCUGAUUACUUAAACUGGCAUUAGCUGGUUACUUAAAUUGGCAUUAGCUGGUUACUUAAACUGGCAUUAGCUAGUUAUUUAAAUUGGCAUUAGCUGGUUACUUAAAUGGGAAAUAGCUGGUUACUUAAACUGGCAUUAGCUGGUUCCUUAAACUGGCAUUAGCUGAUUACUGAAAUGGGUAUUAGCAGGUUACUUAAAUAUGCAUUAGCAGGUUACUUAAAUAUGCAUUAGCAGGUUACUUAAAUAUGCAUUAGCUGGUUACUUAAACGGGCAGUAGCUGGUUACUUAAAUGGGCAAUUUGAUAACCAUACAAUGCAGCUCCAAUUGACAGAAUCAAUGUGAGAUUAACAAUACAAUGAAUAAAGAAUAUGGCUAUGUCUUCAAAUUAUAGAUGUGUCCGCAGAUAUUCUUAAUUGUACUUAUGCACACCAAAAAGGAGGAAUGGGGUGAUUUUCCAAAAUGUAAAGAGGCAUCAAAGGAAAAGGGGCUUUGUAAUUUUUACUUUUUUGCUGUUUGUAAUAUAUGGAUGGCCCAGUGCAAUAGGUGGAGAUUUAAGAAUUUACAGAACCAGACCUUUACAAUAGAACACAUCAAGCAAAUGGAAUUCAUUUUAUUUCAUAUUAUUUUCUGUUUGAAUUGUUAGUACCAGUAUUUUGUUUUUCUGAACCAAUGUACAGUACACAGUUGUUUUCCUUUGGCUGGGUAAUCACCUUUUAAAAUAUCUGAAUGGCUUAAAUUAUUCCAUGUUACAUGUUCUAUGAUGUGGUUCUAUCUUCUCUUCAAAGGCUUAGCAUGACAACUUAAUGAUUAAAACACAGGAAUGGAGGGUCUUAUUUUAAAAAAAAACUGCCUUAUUAAUUACAGUCCACAAUAGUAAAUUGAAGCCUACAUACUUUUGCUGUAUUAAUAAUCAUUGAAUCCUUUUUCAGGCAGUGGACCAGCUUUAUGGCUGCAGCCUCAACAUCUGGAUAUGUGUACAUCUACUCAUUUUAUUAUUUUUUCUUUAAAACAAAGUAAGUUUCUAAAAUGUUAUUGAUUAUCUCUGUUAAAUGUUUGCCACGUAGAACUUUCCAGUCCAUUAUUGUGAGCUGUACAUACCAACGUAGAACUUGUAGUAAGCCCAUUAUUGUGAGCUGUACAUACCAACAUAGAACUUGUAAGCCCAUUAUUGUGAGCUGUACAUACCAACAUAGAACUUGUAAGCCCAUUAUUGUGAGCUGUACAUAUCAACAUAGAACUUGUAAGCCCAUUAUUGUGAGCUGUACAUACCAACAUAGAACUUGUAAGCCCAUUAUUGUGAGCUGUACACGCCAAUGAUAAAAAUGAUUCUUAAAAAAUCUUAACUGAUUAGCUACCAGAUUGAAAAACCCUUUGUGGCUGAAUUAAAUCUAGGGCACAUUUACUACAAUACAAAUGUUGGCGUCAGCGGCUCGUGGCCAUUGUAGUAAAUUGGGUGAUCUUUCUGGAUAUAUAUAUUUUUAUAGCUGUAAAGUGAUUUUUAUCAUCUAAAAAAAUCAUUUUUAUUUUUAAAUCCUGUUUUAGCUUUUAUUUAUGGUUUAAGGUUUCAAAAAUUAUAUUAUAUUAAGGAAGUACAUUUCUACUUUCAAGAUCAGUUGCUACUGAAUGCACGUGCAUUAUGAUAUAUUUUCACAGUGAGUUGGCGUGACCCAAUUAAAAAAAAAAAAAUUACUUCGUGCAGUGUAAAUUUUGCCGGCUCAUUUAGAAUACCUAAUGUAACCACGUAUUGAGUUUUUUUUAACCCUUGCACUCAAACUAAUCUAACUUUAUUAUUUUGUUUAGAAUGUAUGGGCUCUUCCAGACCAGUUUCUACUUUGGAUAUAUGGCCUUGUUCAGUUUAUCACUAGGUGUUAUGUGUGGUAGGUAUUCUUAAUGUUUAUUAUAAAUCUGACAACAGAAACAAUUAUUAUUAGUACUUUCACUUUUUAUUGUUUAAAUUUGUAUUUUUUACACAGAUUUCAAAAAUUAAAAAAAAUUUUUUUAUAUUAUGAAUGUUCAAAAUGACCAACCAUUGACUUAGCUAAAUGGAAACUGCAUCAGCUGUUACUGUUACUGGGUACUUCAGAAUUUUGCUUUAACACUAUGGAGAUGUAAUUGAGGAAUACCAAUUUGCAAAUUGUUCUUCUGUUCCCUUCUGCUGUGGAGAAAUCAUGGGGUUGUACUUUAGGUGAUAAGCCACAUAUUGAGAGGCCUGCUUAAGGUUCACGUUGUUGACAUUUAUGGUCUUUCUUUGACCCUGAAACUGGAAGGCCUGCUACUGUAGGCUUGUAAUUUGCAAUGCAGGUUGGUUGACAGGCAUACUGACCAGGUGGCAAAACCAAUUAAUAUUGGCUGAUUGUUAUGGUGCCAACCACUUUUUUAAUUUCCUUAUUUUGAAUGAGGUCGCUUCUCCUUAUAGAGGAUGCCCCCCCCCAAUCCUAUCUUUCAAACUUAAAUUUAGAGCCCAGGUCUGACACUGGUAAGUAAUUGGGGUUGGAAUAAAGACUGUUUAAACUAGACUGGCUUUGGAUUCAAAGUUUAUUCUUGGGUGUCUAAGUAGUGAGGCUAUUUAAUAGUUGACAGCAUUUGCCCUCUGCACUCUUGUCUCUAUCUCUCAGUGCAUUUGUCUGUCCGCUGCAAAAAUGCUUCCCAUGUUUAAACUCCUGCUGUUGACAGAGCUGCUAACCAGUGAUGGUUCAGUCCAGUUUUUUCUAGUUUUUUCAAUCAUAUCUGUGAUGAUUGUCAUCCCAUAAAGUUCUAAGGUACCCGACAAGAUAUCAGAUUUCUAAGAUUAAAGUAUAGACAUGGUGACUUAUAUCAAAGCUCAACUCCCAGUAAUAACACAGAGAAUUGUGAGUGAGAUGAACAGGUAAAGCAACGAGUGUUGGAUAAGUUGAAUAUGGUAUGUGAUGGUAGGCAUUCAUAGAAGUGGGACAGAGACAGCAAUCAUCACACCGUACCUAAAUUUGGCAAGGGCGCCGGGUAUCUAAAAAUUUUAGGAACCACUCGCCUAGCCAAAGAGCAUAUGUCACAGGCACGGGGCACAUACUGUGGAAUAAAUAUUACUGUAACUGUCUGGGAUUUGGAGGAGACUUCUUUUUUGGCUGAGCUCCAGUUAAAGGGUGGUUAAGGUGGUUCUAAGUGUUUAAGAAAAUGUGCUUGUUAUUGUCACUUCCAAUCUAAUCAACUAACUAGGCAUUACAGAUGCAUUUACCAGCUGGUAGAAGAGUGUGGCAAUAUUGCUGCUAAUAAAAAGAGAUGGGCAACAUAACUGUAGAAGAGUGUGGUAACAAAGCUGUAGAAGAGUGUGGGAAGAUAGUUGUACAAGAGCAGACCUGUUUACCCUUAAAAUCGAACAAUAUCACAAAAUCGUUUAAUACCUUAUAUUUAUAGUAAAAAAUAAACAGAGUAUAUAUAAUGUUUACACCUCAAAAUCGUACAUUGUACGCCAAAGUCGUAAGAGUCAACAGGUCUGCAAGAGUGUAGCAUCAAAUUUUAAAAAUUUAAAAAAGGUAACAAAAUUUAAAUUUGAAAGAUUUUUUUAUUACUUUAAUUUUGGAGCUCGGAGCAGUAAGAAAUUUUACCAGGCUAAAAAGACACUGCUCCACUCCAAAUUCAUGGCUACAACUACUACUGAGCAGGCCUAAUAAUAAGUCUAAGUAUCUAACAAGGCAAAGUUGUGAGGAUAAUUACUAGAAAAGAUUGUGUGAUAAUUUGACUAGAUAAUAGAAAUAUUUUAUUUGUGGAUUGUCAGAAUUUGUGAAUAAAGUGACAGAGCGGCUGCCUACGUGCUAUAUAGCAUCUGCCUAUGUGUUAUACAACCCCCCCACCCCUCAUAUUCAUACUAUAUGGAUGGUCCCAAAGAUGGCCAUUUACUUACAGUUUAUACAUUUGGGAAUUCUGUCAACUAUGCUCAUGCAAAAGAUUUUUUGUUUUUCAAUCCCACAGAAUAUAAACAAUAUUAUUUCAGAAAAUCUAUAAUUAGCAUUUAUAUAUGAAGGUUUUGAAAUCAAAAAGACGCACUACAAAACUACAAAAAGGUUAAAAGCCCGGCUCUAGAUCCCUGGUUUCAACACCAGAGUUAUCAAAACGGCUUUGGACAAAUUCAAUCAAAUAUAUGCAAGUUUACAACAGCAAAAAUGAAAUCAAACCAAUUCAAAUAAUUAGCCUGAUGGAUCCCCACACAUUUCUCAUAUCUCUGAAUCUAACUGGAGUUCUUAGUAGUCUGAAUAUUACUGUUGCCAGGGCCUGUGCUGAGGUAUUCAGCCUGCAAUCUAUAAACCAGCAGCACCUACCUUCUUCUUCUUCUUCUUUAUUUUAAGGGCCCACAAUCAAUGAAUUGAUCAUUCUGGCUCCUAUGUUUCAGAGGGGUUUGCGAUGUUACUGUCCAUGGGUUUCAAUGGGAUACUUCACUGGUUGCAAGGGCGACUCAGCAGUGGUGUUAUGAACUGGGGGUUGGAAUACAGGAGGCAAUAGACACAAAUGUAUCGAGUGUAGCCGCCUCAACUGUUGCUUUUGGAAGCUUGUUCCAGUCCCCUAUUGUCUUCGGCAGGAAUGAGGAGCUUCUGUACUUCGUUCUUGUUUUUACCAGCCGGAACUGUUUGUCGUGACUUCGUCGCAGUCUGGGGGGAAGAUUAACGAGUUUCUGUUUGAUUCCGGAGCAGUGCACCAGUCCAUUUGUUAUCUUGUACAACAUGGUGAGCCUGGAUAGUCGUCGUCGUUCUUCCAAUGUCGACCAGCCCAGUGUUUCCAGCAUGCUGCCAACACUCGAGGUGCUUCUGUAGCGGUUCAUGACAAAGCGUGCUGCCCGUCGCUGGACCGCCUCCAACCUGUCUAUGCUUUUCUGGGUAAAUGGGUCCCAGACUGUAGAAGCAUACUCUAAAAUAGGUCGGACAAAGGCUUUAUAGGCUUUUUCUUUCACGCUUGAGUUGCCGAUCUUCAGAUUGCGCCUUAGGAACCCCAGGGUCUUGUUUGCCCGGUUACACACACUGUUAAUGUGCUCGUCCCAGCGGACCUCUCUUUGGAUGGUAACACCCAAGUACUUAACGGAGGAAACUGGCUCAAGAAUAUGGCCAUGCAGUUCGUAAGCAAUCUCAAUCAGCACUCUCCUCUAAUACUAAGCUACACUAGGGUUCAGGCCAUGCAGAGCUAGCCCUGCCUUCAGUGAUAUUUAGGUAUUUCAUGUGUGAAGACGGUAUGACAAAAAUAACAAUGACAUUGCAGUAAUUUUGUUCAGCCUUUUUUUGUUUUAAAGUAUUUAGAAUCAUGAAUUUUGCAGAUUUAUUGGGUGAUUCUUGGCUAUAAAGGAGAUAUAAAUAUUGCAGAAUUUGUGCAUAACAUAUACGAUAUAAAUAUUGCAGAAUUUGUGCAUAACAUGUACGAUAUAAAUAUUGCAGAAUUUGUGCAUAACAUAUACGAUAUAAAUAUUGCAGAAUUUGUGCAUAACAUAUACGAUAUAAAUAUUGCAGAAUUUGUGCAUAACAUGUACAUUCAUUUUCUGCCAAAACCUCCUUCACAUAUGAACAUAAUGCAUAAUCUUCCAAAUAACCCCAGUGUGUACCGGAGUAUGUAAUACAUGUAUUGCCCCCUCAGGUCCCUUACCCAAUGCAGUCUUCCUUGUUGUUGAUCAUUGCCACUACCGACGACCGUUCCAUUGGAUUGGACAUGGAUUUUGUUUGGUGCAUAUCUUCCAGCCAUCAAUAUCUUGUCCAUUUUUCUAUUUGUGUCAGUUUGCUCUGUUCCUUUUCUACCAAUAUUUCUGUGCAUUCUUCCUGAAUAAGAAGCCAUAUGUAGAAUGGAAUAAACAUGUGACCUGCCACUGUUGAAUUGUGUGCAUUGAUCAAUUGAUGGAAAAACUGAGAUUUUAAGCCCUAAUAAGGUUGUCUUUCAAAGUUUAGAGGUUGCUGUUAUUCAUAAGUCACAGCCUUAACAUUAACCGCAUAUCAACAUUGACAUUGUAACUCAAAUGUCUUUAGUAAGGAAAUUGUACUCGUACUCCUAUAUUGACAAUUAUGGUGCAAUAUGUAAAAAUAUGAAAAUAGAUAUUUUUAGAUUUAGUUGACUUCACAUUGUUAUUCUCAUUUUAAAAUAAUAUUUUAAGGUAAAUUGCUCAUUGUUGAAUUUUGUUUCUUCCUUGACAGGCACAUUUGGAUACAUUGGAACAAGUAUAUUUGUGAGGAAAAUCUAUUCUACUGUUAAAAUUGAUUAAUUCAUCUGGUGGUUUUCAAUCAAUGUGACAUUCUCUGUGUUAAUAAUUUUAUUAUACGUAGCCAUUUUGUUUGUUUAUGACGAACCCCUUGAAAUGAAUAGAUUGUAUAAAACAACAAGGCUGUACAUUUUCUUUUAUAUUAUAACUCUGACAAUAAAAUCUGCUGCACAGUAACAAGUGCCUUUUUUCCUAUUCUUACAAAAGGUACUUUGUUUUAAGGCAGAAAUGGAGUCUUCAAAUCGUAGCACUUGUUUGGAUAAUUUUAACAACUGCUCUCAUUUAAGUUCAAAUUCAAUUUUGCUUGGUUAAGUUUUUAAACUAAUUUGUUUGACAUGAAGUAUGAACAAGUGUGUUGCUGUUGGGAGUUUGCUUUAACAAAUUAUUACCUUUUCCAAUAAUUCUUAAGUGUACAUUGUUUCUAAUUUUUUUUGUUGCUUAUCAAUUUGAGAGACAUUACACUGCCUCACUGGAAUUAAAUCAAUAAAAAUGUUUAUGUGUUAGUGAUCACUUUUUCCCCAUGGAAUAAACAUUAAAAGUUAAUAGUUGAAACUAUUUACUUAUAAGCAUUAACAAAGGUUUGAUAGUAAUAAUUAAUAACUAUACCGUAAUAUAAAUAUAAUUUUGCCUACCAUGUAUUUCCAGGAAUACCUAUUCAUGUCAAAACUUUGCAUUUAGCUCACACAAAAUUAUGAAAAUUUUAUUAUAAUUAGCUUUUUUUCUUAUUCAAGUAAUUAGUGUUUUUGCAUUUUUCUUAGAUGCAAAAAAAAAAGCCAAAUUGUAAUAUGAGUACCUUAACCAUGCAAUAACAAUAAUCAUGCAGUAACAAUAACCAUGCAAAAUGAACUGGUUAAAGCUUCAUAAAAUUAGAGAGGAGAACACAAUUUAUUUGCAUGAUUAUUUUAAAGAUAUCACAUCUACAUUUCCCUUGAAUACUUGAAAUAGAGAUGAAGAUUUGAUCAGUUUUCAACAAGUACAAUAUUUUAUCAAUUUUUACAAAAAUUUAAAUUUUAAAUAAGAUAUAACAAAAUAUGUUGUUGUAUUUUAACGCCUCAAACAUUAAAAUACUGGUACAGUUAAACUAAUACUAUUGUCACUAUAGACAAGGAAAUUGCAAGAAAUCAUUUCCAUCAUCUAAAAAAUUGUGGUGAAGCACUUUUUUUGUUUAUCUUUAACUAUUAUAGACAUUGUAAGAAAAUUUUCUUUAAUUAGUUCAACUGAAAAAAAGCUACAAAGUAUUUUAUUUAUAACUUCUGUCAUGUUACUAUAUACUCAGGAGAUGAGGCACAUGCUGUGCUGCCGUGCAAGCCACGGCUUAUAAAGAAAACUUUGCUUACCCUAAAAUGAGUACAUGUUGAAACUGAAAUAGAUUGAUAUUCUCAUAUUUAAUUAAGUGAGUAAUUAACUUUAAUUCUAACGUUUAACUUUUUCCUCUAAAUGAAGUUGGUAAAAAAAAAAUCCACUAGCAACUCUGUAGUGAAAGUUCUCAAAAUGAAGGCAGCAUUGGUUCCUUGUCCAAAUACAAUUUAAGAUAUUUAAUUAUGAAACUAUUGCUUUAAAUUUUAUAUAUAUUUUUUUAUUAGAUGUAAAAGCAGUUUCAUCAAAAAAGUUGGUUAAAGUUAAAGCAUAAUUUUUCAAUUAUGUUGUAUAAAAUUUACUAAAAUUAAGUUUGGUCUGUAACAAAUAAUCAUGUCACAGUUCAGUCACUUGAUAUUUACACUUGGAUACAAAAACUCCAAAGUGAUUGUUACGUGGGCACUUAUGGAACAAGCUAUAACUACGUUUUUAUUGACUAAUCCAUGAAUAUCCGCAGGUAAAGUUGUGUGUCAAGAAUAAUGUUCAUGUUAUCAACCAUUCACCAGUGUGCUGAUUUCACUUUGUCUUGUAUCAUAAGCAUGUGUGAUGAAAUGGGAUACAAAAAUGAAUGUCUGUCUAGAUUGGAUCAGCAUUCCUUUAAAAAUUUAAGGCUUUAUCGUUCUGUCAAAAAUACAUGACAUGAAUAAAAUAGUGUCCAUUUUGUCAUGUGCAUUUUAUUUCUCCAAUGUGAGUUGUUAAAUAUCGGAAUGUACAUAAUUUUUAAACUUCAUUGAACUCUAUUUAAUUUUUUUUUAAUUUAUACAUUCAUUGAGUCAUUAACUAAUUUUAACUUGAAAGCAUUUUUUUCCAAUAACUCAUUUUAAGAAUGGGAGCUAGAACUCUGGUUCUCAACCUGUGGGUCGCAACCUAGCGGAUCAUGAUCUGUGUCCCGACUGAAGCGGUAAAAUAAAAUAAAAAUAAUGUUUUUAAGUACAGUAAUUUUUUUAUUCAACAUCAAAAUUAAAUUUUUGUAAGUUCAUAAUAUUUCUUAGAAAAUCUAUUUAAAUGGGAUUUCUUUAAUCAUGGUGGUAUUUAUUGUUAAAAAGUACUGGGCUCGCCGGUAACUUCCCUUCUAUAAAAUGGGAUCAUGACUCUAUAAAGGUUUGAAACCUGUCUAGACUGAAAAAGUUAAAAUUUAAGCUGUGAAUUUUGCUGUUCCAUAAACAUAGUUAACCCUUUUCUAAGUUCUUCAACUUCAGUAAGUUGAGUAAGAAAAGAGUUGUCAUCAGUGUUAUGUAGAUGUGUUGCCUGGGCUAAAAGGCUUGUUAGUGUUGUGUAGACGUGUUGCCUGGACUAAAAGAGUUGUUAGUGUUGUGUAGAUGUGUUGCCUGGACUAAAAGAGUUGUUAGUGUUGUGUAGAUGUGUUGCCUGGACUAAAAGAGUUGUUAGUGUUGUGUAGA